CUUCCCCCGCGGGGCGGAGCCGCCGCCGAAGAUGGCGUCCAAGGGCUCCCACUCGCACGUGAAGCUGGAAGGGGAGCUGGAGCGCUGUCGCGCCGAGGGGCAAUGGGCGCAGCUCCGGCUCCUGGCGCAGCAGCUAGUGCUGCCGCCGCCGCGCAAGGCGAGAGGCGCGCAGGACGCGGAGGACUAUGGGAGUAUGCUCCUUGCAGAGGCUCUGCUGGAAGAAUGUUUGAAGGAAAACUAUGCCAAACUGAAGGACUCCAUUCCGCUGACAGAGAAGAAUGAGCCAAAACUCAGUGAAGCUAAACAGUAUCUGACUGAUAUCUUAAACAAAGGAAAACUUCGACCUAAGUAUAUGACAGAAGCUAUGCUGAUCCUAGGGAAGCUUCAUUAUGCAGAGGGAUCCUACAGAGAUGCCAUCAGCAUGUAUGCAAGAGCAGGAAUCGAUGACCUCUCAACAAAAGAUGAACCUCUGUAUAUGCUGCGUUUGGUAACUGAAGCCUUUGUUAUUAAAGGUCUGUCACUGGAGCGCUCAACCAACUCAAUUGCCUCACGUGCUCGACUGUGUGAAAGGGAGGAGGAAGUCAUGGCUUGUUUUGAGACAGCGUGUGUCAUUGCCCAGGUGUACUUGCAAGAGCUUGAAAAGACCUUAAACACACAUUCAAGAAGUAUCAAGGGCAGUAACGUGACUUAUCCAGAGUUUGAACUUUCCUACUUCCUGGAAGCAGCUCUGCAGAGUGCCUACGUGACUCAUUUAAAGAAGGGAAAUAUUGUGAAAGGAAUAAGGAGUCUGCGAGAAAUACUGCGGACUGUGGAAACAAAAGCUACUCAGACCUUCAGAAUGACUGCAGCCAAACAGCUAGCCCAAAUACUUCUCCAUUCCCUCAGUGAAGACUGUUACUGGAGCCCUUUAUCUGAUCCGCUUCCUGAGUUCAUGAACAAGGAAGAUCAGUCUUAUGUUAGCAAUUGUCUUUGCCGGAGGCCAGAACUGUACACUGAAGAGAAUGCAUACUGCCCUCAAGACAACGUAGAAGAGGCUCUUCUUCUCCUCUUAAUCAGUGAAUCCAUGGCAAACCGGGACGCAGUGAUCAGCCGAGCCCCAGACCAGCAGGAUGACCGAGCUGUCAGCCUCCGAGAUGCUUCUGCAGUCUAUGACCUCCUCAGCAUCACGCUGGGCAGAAGAGGGCAGUAUGUCAUGCUUUCAGAGUGCUUGGAGAGAGCCAUGAAGUUUGCAUUUGAUGAAUUUCAUCUCUGGUACCAGCUUGCCCUGUCCAUGAUGGCUUGUGGAAAGUCAGCAUAUGCUGUGUCAGUACUCAAAGAGUGUGCUAAACUGCGACCUACAGAUCCCACCAUUCCUCUUCUGGCUGCCAAGGUCUGCAUUGGGUCAUUGCACUGGCUCGAAGAAGGAGAACGCUUUGCUAAAAUGGUGAUAGACAUGGGCGAGGAUGCCGGAGAGUCCCUAGCGAAGGGUUACCUGGCACUGGGCCUGACAUACAGUCUUCAAGCUACUGAUGCUACUCUCAAAGGCACUCAGGAUGAAUUAAACAAGAAAGCACUUCAGACUUUGGAGAGAGCACGUGACUUGGCCCCAGAAGACCACCAAAUCAUCCUCUACCUCUCCCUGCAGCUGGCCCUUGUCAGACAGAUUUCCAGUGCUAUAGAACAUCUUCAAGAGGCACUGCAACUAUGCAAAGAUGACAUGAAUUCACUUCAUCUACUGGCCCUCCUCUUUUCGGCUCAGAAGCACUAUCAGCAUGCACUGGAUGUUAUCAACAUGGCCGUUGUUGAAUACCCAGAAAGCUUUAGCUUACUCUUCACCAAAGUAAAACUGGAAUGGAUACAUAAAGGACCUGGUGAGGCUCUGGUGACGUGUAGACAUAUGUUGCAGAUGUGGCAGAUGGUAUAUAAUGUUUUACAGCACAGUGGCUCUGAGAAAGGAAGUAGUGUGACUGAAACACCAAUGAUCAAAAAGCAUAAUGGACUGCAUCUCACUCUCCCAGAUGCUCAUGAUACUGAUUCUGGAUCACAGCGAGCCUCUUCUAUUGCUGCAUCAAGACUGGAAGAAGCCAUGUCUGAAAUAACUAUGCAGAGCGGUGCAAUGAAGCAAGGACCUAUGCAACUGUGGACAGCUCUUGAACAAAUUUGGCUACAAGCUGCUGAACUCUUCAUGGAACAACAGCAUCUCAAAGAAGCAGGCUUUUGUAUCCAGGAGGCAGCUAGUCUUUUCCCCACAUCUCAUGCUGUACUGUACAUGCGUGGGAGGCUUGCAGAGAUGAAAGGCAAUUUGGAGGAGGCUAAGCAAUUGUAUGAUGAAGCACUCACAGUGAAUCCAGCUGGAGUGGAAAUUAUGCACAGCCUGGGCUUGUUGCUGAACAGACUUGAGCGGAGGGAUCUGGCCCAGAAGGUCCUCAGAGAUGCCAUCCGGAUCCAGAGUACCAGUCACAGGGCCUGGAACAGCCUUGGAGAGGUCUUGCAAGCUCAGGGGAGAAAUGAAGCAGCUAUUGAAUGCUUUCUCACCGCUUUGGACCUCGAAUCCAGCAGUCCUGUCAUCCCAUUCACUGUCAUACCCAGGGAGCUUUGAAGCUUUACACUGCAGCUAAGCACCUUCAUUCCUUGGACAGACACCAAAACCAAACAAAUAAAGGAAAAGCUGAACAGAAAAGUGCCAUUGUGACCUGGAACUGGGCAAAAUCAUUCCAGGAUGGGGCUCAGGCCUACAUGCUUAGCUGAAACAAGCCUAACUAUAGAAGAAUUUGCAACAGGCAGAAAAAGAGAAUGCCUUUUUCUUCACAGGUGCCUGUCUCACCUCCUGUUCAAGUCAAUAGCAAGGCUUAUUUCAAAGUGUUGGUUCAAGGUGACUGUCCAUAGACUAGAUCAUGCAAGGGUACAGCUGUUCUAGGCACUUGCACCUUUCAGUUUUCGUUAAAGAUAAAAAGUCCAAGCCCUGAAUGAAAGUCCAGACCUGCUCUAAACAAGAGUAUAUGCACCAACUAACUUGACCAAGUUGUGCUUAAACAUGUGGCUGCCUCCAUACAGAUCUGACAGGAUAGGAAUGACAAUUAAACCAUAUAUUCAUGCAGUGUAUGCCACUUAGAAAAUUAUUUCGGCUAUUUUGAUAAUCCUUUUUCCUGCCUUGCUCUUAUAUACUGCAUAUGCUCACUAUAUUUAGUGUGGCAUUUGCCUAGACCAAUUUAAAUUAAAAUUCUUUUUUUUUAAAAAAAAAAAGCUGCUAUUACAGUAUGAUUCACAAAAGCAGAAAGACCAAAGACAAAACCAUUUCACAUUUGAGCUAGUAUUAAAAACAUAUAUGUGUCUCAAAUUACAUGUUUAUCUGAAGGCCUUAUAUGAAGUAGCUAAUCAUAAACUCUGAGCUUCAUUCUUAUUAAUCACUUUUGCAUCACUUUUAUUGAGGAAUAUAGUGAUUACCACUAUGUAGUGAUUGAACUGUGUGCUUUACUGCAUUACCAUUCCUGGCACAAAACUUUUUCAUGUCUAUCUUUUCAUGAUAUAAAGGAUGGCAGCAGUCUUUUAAGGGAAAGUAUGCUGAAGGCAGUAUGUGUAUAUGUGAAUUACUUCUUUCUUAGAACCAAAUGGUUGGAUUGUCUGUAGAAAUUUCACAUUAGAGGUACAGAGCUGAGCCUUCAGCGAAGUGAGAUCACUCUGUGUAUCAUAUCAGAUGUAAGAGUGAUCUCCAGAGCCAUCUGAAUAGCUCCUAAUCCAUGCAGCCUCCCCACAGCUGGCGCAGCCAGGACAGAGGACACAGUUGGCACACCCCCUGCUAGGCUGCUCUUCAGUUGUUCUUGACCUUCCCACGGCCUCCACUGCCAGGCAGAGCUGUAUCAUGCUGUCACAAAACACACAAGUGCCAGCCCUGUCCAGACCAAUCCAAAGAUAAAGAUGGUGCAGAAAUGAGCUGCAGGCAUUUUUGUACACAAAAGGUUGGGGCUCUGCGCCUGUUUCUAUCCAAAGAAGAUUGAUGACUAUUUCAUACAUAGUUUUGCACUAAAACACACUUUGUACUAUAGUUCAGCCCAGUAUUGUGGUCCACAAUUAGUUCAUUCCAAAAAUAAUAAUAUCCUCAGGCAAUAAAUGAGUAGGGGUUGUUUCUUAUACAGCUGGAGGCUCUGGCAGCAGACUUGAAGUCAGCGUUGUUUACAACUGUUUGGAAAUCUGCGGAUUAAUUAAGUGGUCCCCUCGCACUUCUCCCAGACCACACCAUUGAAGAGCUUCUGCCCCAGGCAGCUUCAGCUCCAGACUCCCCUCAGAAGUGCACUGACUCAGGUUUCUCUCAGCAGCCUGUUGCACUCCCAGGCCAAUAUAUAUAUAUUUUUUUUUUCCAUUACAUCUUGCUGGUGCAAUAUUCCAGCUUAUUCCUCUGUUCACUGAGAGGUCUGGAGUGAAAGCAGCCCAGCCUGGAAGGUACUCAGCCCAUGAGGUCUCUGCUUUUCCAGUGCCACAUGGGCAACAAACGGAGCUUUUUAGGCCAGAGGCAGGUUUCCAAGGAGACAGUGUUACCCAGCCACAUUUCUCAUUUGCAAUAGCAGCAGCAGCAGAGGAAGGAGUAGGUGUACAGUACCAGAAUUAAAUUAGUUUCAUGAAGACAGAAGGACUCAGCAGAGACUCAUUUUGCUGUGAAGGAUGCUAUGAAAUUGGCCAGCUCGGUACUGCAGGUGGGAAAGAGGUGUGAGGAGGAGGAGAGAUGUUGUUGUUGACUUAAUAUGUAAAUUGUUACCCAGGUGUUUUAAACCCAGUUCCACAGUCAGAUGCAAUCUGACAAUAGACUGAAGUAGAUAUAUAGAAAUAGAUAUUAUAUUCCAAUGUUUGUUUUGCUCCCCAUUUCGCAGAGUGGGAGCAAGCCUUCUGUGUAAGACACAAAAAAAGUCAUUGUGGUCUGACAUCACCACGUUCACAUGCAACGUGUAUUUGUAAGGCACUGCCAUAGCAACUUCUGUGUACCAGACAGCUGUUUCAGUACAAGCCAUGCAUCCACCUCUGCGACAGAGGAGCUGCUUUAAGAGGUCUGUAGCGUAGCUGGUCUGUGACCUGGCAGGACUGUGCCUGUUUCCCAGCAGCAGCUGAGGGGCAAAUGCUCACAGACCCAUUUACUCCUGUAUGUGUAGCUUGUAAACAGCCACUAGCAUAUAGGUUACCGUCGGGUGAAGUUCAUUUCGGCGAUAAUCAGACUUGGAAUAGCAGUCGUCUUCCUAGGAGAGGUGCAAACGUGCAUGAGUACUUUGAGAGCAUCAGCCACUGAGAUGUUGCCAGGGUGAUCCCGUAUUUGUCAUGUGCAUUAGCGAGUGCUACUGUCAUUGGAAUCGCAGUCCCAAGAGCCUCUGUUCCAAGUGUAGCAAGGAAGAUGUACACGAGUGCCAUCAGCAUCAAUAGGAAUUGGAAUGGGUAAGGUACCCUCUACCAGCACAGCACAACACAGCCCCUAAAGCAGUUGCAAAGUACUUUGCAUGCAUAAUGGCCUCAAUCCUGAGAUUUGCUGUGUGCUUCCCAGAGGAUAUGAAGCACCUGUUGGCUGAAGGGGUGUUAUAUUGGCCUGAAGUGCUCUGUACAGUGCUGGAAAGAGCGGGGGUUAUUGCAGAGAUGCAAGGUAAACCUUUACCUACAUUUGUUAUUAGACACUCACCAAAACAGGAGCCUUCCCAAGCUUAUUUGCUACCUCUCUUCUUCAGUGUGGAUUUUGUUCAUACUUCAAGGUACAGAAAAGCAAAGACAGCUGCUUCACACAAGCCUAUGCAUUGUAGUACUUAUUUAGUAGUAGUAGUUACUUAGAUAGGUUGAUAAACCUAAUAGACCUACUUCCCUGAGCUCUGUAAUGCUUUUUUGUAUUGCAGGGAGCCUGGCAUGCUUAAUGCUCAGGGUUUGAGACCAAGAACAAGAUUUACGUCCUAUCCCUCAUGAUUAUUACGGAUGAUGAUAAGUAAUGGAAGUUUAGGGAAUAACAAAUGAAAUACCAAUUCAGUGAGUUUUAGCACUGACUUGAGUCCAACAGAGUUUUGUCAUUCGUUUAGGAAGAGAAAGAGAAAAAAGGCAGGAUCCUGUCUAAAGGAUCUAGUAUACCAAGGUUCCUCUCAUUUCACCACAAGGUUAUUUUCCUUUGUGUUGACAGGGUACAUACAAAAGAAAAGUAAUUAGCUCCUAUUUUUCUGUUGCACAGUUAAAGGGUAGUAUUUGCCUUUGCCUUUGACCAACAAGAAGGUUUGUAUAUUGUAACAAAAAUGACUUUACCUCCUAGAUAACAGAAGGAGAAACCCAACAGGCCAGGGAACAACCCCCCCUCCCUGCCUUACCCUGUGUAAACUGUCAUUAGAUCCACUGGAGUUGUUGGUAUUUGUGAGCAUUUCCUCCAGCUGAGGAUCUGCCCACUGGUGUACUCGUUCUGUACAGGGAAUACAAUGGAGUUGCCAUAUCCCUGCGCUGCGCAAGUACCCUCGUCCGUUUCUAUUGGUAACAGUUCAUGCUACUGAUUAUCACAAUGCUUCAGAAGUGUUAAUUAUCUUUUCUUGGUAAUGACUAAUAAAUCCAAAAGGAGAACAGUCCUGGAGGGUGUUUACUUUAAAAUUCACUGGCUGGGUACCAAAUUAAGCACAGCACUGACUGCUGUAGUUUGAAUUAUAGUUAUUUUAUCCAAAACAUGCUCCAUUUUUGGAGAGUCUUGGUGAAGGCAGAGUUUGGCUAGUUCAUAUUCCAUUUUAUUGACAGCAGAGUGGGAAACAAUCCUUUUCAGUGAAAAGACAUCACUGCCAUGAUCUUUUUUCAAUCAAACCAACAGAUUUGAUAGUUCCAAUUCAACCCAGGAGAGGAAGCCUUCCCAGAGCAAUUGCACCGCAACGAUAAUUGCCUCUGAUGGAAUUGUAUUACAGGCAUAUUUGAUAAUUAUGCAACAUCUCUCUUCUACCCAUCAUGUCACAUACUUGGCUAAGAAGAGUUGCUUUUUGCCCAAAGGGACAAGAGUAGUGCCCUUCUGGGUCUCAUUAGCACCACCCUGGUGCCUGCUUUCACAUGCGAGGUGGCCACUGCCACCAGCUGCACAGUCUUCUUCACCAGCACCCCCUCACUCCUGCUGGAUCCCUAAGCCCAGCUGCAGGUGAUGGUCUACCUGCUGUUAAGUUGUUCUUUGGUGCUGCAGGAUGUCAGUGCUUGAGUUAUUUUCUUAGAAAUGAGAAGCAGAAACAUCUAUCAAUUUGGUGAUGUUGGCAGAAGGGGAGGAGCCACUGACCCAGCAGCUGCCAAGAUAGUUCCUCCGACUUUGCCUUUAAUGAACUGACUCACACCUUUGGUUCCAGCAAACCAAGGCAGUUUCCUGAGUAACUGGAUACUAAAGGAUUUAGCUCUUUACCCCACAGAAACAUGUGCCAGUCUGUAGCUAAAACCACUGACAGUGGUGCGACAUGACACAGUUGUGGAGCAGCCUGUAAUGAUGCAAUUACGAACCUCCCUGACCUGGUGCACGGAGAGGAGCUCCGCUUUGGCUUGUACGAGUGUUUCCUACCCAACACUUGAAUACUGUUAGUGCAGUCAUUGAAAUUGUGUUUCCAUGUAACUUUACUUAUUUUUGUUGUUACAAGACAUUUUCACCAGAUGAAUAAAAUCUAUCCUGUGGAAAACAGAAAAAUGUUCCUCUUAUUUCCUGACAGUUUUAGGACUUUUGAUAUAUUCAUGCCACGGAUAUUUCAAGCAUUAUGAAAUGACCAUUUGUUAUAUUAACUGGAACCCAGUGUGCCUAGCAAGUUACCAGUUGCAAAGGGUAUUUUGGCCUACACCCUGUAGUUCGUGGGAAAAACAAGAGUGAGCAUGCAAGUGGCCUGCUUUCAGAAAGGAACAGAGCCAGGAAAAAGGAAUAAUGUAGCUUCAGAUGUUUGGAUUUGUGGGGACUUAAGAGAGCAUCGUGCUUUUCUUGUGCUUCCUCCAGUAAAAAUAAACAAAGGUAGUGUGAGAAACUCUAACAUCCAGAUAAUAUGCCAUCAAAUUUAGGGACUCACCUUAUUUUGGCCACAAUGUCAU